AGUCAGGACGGCCCACCUUCCCAAGAGUAGAGACAGAGACAGAGGCAGAGACAGACAGAGACAGAGAAAUUGAGCCUCCGGUCACCCUACAGGCGGUAGGCACGAUCCAGUGUCCCAGGAAAGACACUGCCGAUUCCUUAUGGCGCUGCGGGCUGUAACCCCGCGGCGGCCGGGACAGCCAGAGCUCCCUGACCGCGCCGGGGAGCAGGGACACAGCGCACCCGCCGCCUUGAGCGCCCGGGUGGGGCGCGCCCCCGGCUCCAGGCUUCGCCUCCGGGGCCCCAGGGCUCUCAUCUUCGUCGUCUUGGAUAUCGUGUUGUCGGCUGCAGCUGCCUCAGCCACGCGCACAGGGCAGGACAGAGUUCACCAACAAUUAGCUGCCCCACAGGGAUGGAGGCGCAGCUUCUGGGAGUUGUGUCCACCAGGAUACCAUGUAUCAGCAGAUGGAAACAAUUGUACACCCUGUGCAAAUGGAGUGGAGUUUACCACUCACUGGAAUGUGCUCCCUUCCUGCUUACCGUGUACAACCUGUAAAUCAGGUGAAGAAGAGAGUACUGCUUGUACCACAACUAAGGACACACAGUGUCAGUGCAGAACUGGCACUUUCCAUGGAGAAGACUCCCCUGAGUUCUGCCUGAAGUGCAGCACCGGGUGAGAUGUGGGAGCCCUGGGGCUUCCCUGUGCCUGUGGGGUCUCCUGAGCCUACAGCAGCCCCUCCUUGUCCAUCUGCUGAUCCCCGCACUGCGCCCUGCACCUUCCCACACCUUCUCAACUUGGUUUCCCUUUGGCCAGGUUGACUUUUCUAUUGGGUACAGUGUGCCAUUGCUUAGGGUCCAUGAUGCUGUCAGUGGCCCAUGAAAAAUUUUUGUUUCUUUUUAUACGAGAGGGAAAAAUGAGUAGAAUGCACCCAGGCUUAUUUUCAUCUGUAUAAUAGUUCAGUCAUAAAUGGAGUUUUUAAUAUUUUUUGUAUUCAGGAAAGGACACAUGAAGACAAAAGUAGCAACAGCCAAGUCAUGAUGAGACCCAGCAUGUAGCUCCUUC